CAACAUGACAUAUCGCAAAUUUGAAACAUUUAGUUCCGCCUAUAUUAAGACCGAAGACUGUAAGUAAUAAGAUGACUGCAAGAACGCAAAAAAUGGAAGGUGAGAAAGGAGCUGCAGAUCAUCCUGAGACCAGGGACACCUACAAAAUUGCUUAUACAAUCCAUUUUCUGCUUGGUGCUGGUAAUUUGCUUCCAUGGAACGCUUUUAUCACAGCUAUUGAUUACUUUGGCUAUCUCUAUCCAACCAAGCACAUUGAGAAGGUCUUUUCUGUAGCUUACAUGAGCUCUUCUGUUCUGGUUCUACUAAUAGUCGUGAGUUGGGGUGGCUGGAGCAAGCAGCUAAGUUACAGAUUAAGAAUGAACAUGGGAUUUUGCAUUUUUGUACUCUCUCUAAUGGUGGCUCCACUAAUAGACUGGUCUUCGAGUGGCAGUGGGCCAGAAGGGAGAUCAAAUGGUGCCUAUGGUGUGACAGUUGCAUCAGUCGUGGUUUGUGGUAUAGCUGAUGGAUUGAUAGGAGGAAGUUUGAUAGGAGCAGCUGGAAAGCUUCCAAAACAGUACAUGCAGGCUGUUUUUGCGGGAACUGCCUCUUCAGGUGUUCUCAUUUCCAUCUUGAGGAUCAUUACAAAGGCAUCACUCCCUCAGAACCCUCAACGUCUCCGAACAAGUGCUCACUUCUACUUUAUAGUUAGCGCCAUCAUUCUACUGUGUUGCGCUCUCUCUUCCAAUUUGUUAUACAAACUACCAGUUAUGGAACAGCAUUACAAACUUGCUCCUGAUGAUUCACUGUUUCCAAAACGAAAAUUUUGGGUUGUAGCAAGAAAAAUCCGAUGGCCAGCUUUUGGUGUUCUCAUGAUUUAUAUCGUGACUUUGUCGAUAUUUCCUGGUUUCAUAGCAGAAGAUCUCUCGUCCAAGUUACUAAAAGAUUGGUAUCCCGUUUUGCUAAUAACAAUAUACAAUGUUGCAGACUUCACAGGGAAAUCUUUAACAGCAAUAUAUGUUCUGAAGAGCAUUAAGAAGGCAACAUGGGGUUGCAUUCUCAGGCUUGUGUUCUAUCCUCUCUUUGCAGCUUGUCUCGAAGGACCCAAGUGGCUGAAAACUGAAGUACCCGUGGCAAUUCUAACUUUUAUGCUCGGAGUGACUAACGGCUAUCUGACAAGUGUUCUCAUGAUCCUUGCUCCCAUGGCAGUAUCAGUUUCAGAAGCAGAGUUAUCUGCAAUUGCAAUGGUUGUGUUCCUCGGAAUAGGGCUGGUUGGUGGAUCAGUUAUUGGCUGGUUUUGGAUCGUUUGAGCUUUUUCUUCGGUCUCUCAAGCUAGUUGGGAACAGAUUAUAUUCACAAGUAAAAUUCAAGAACAAAGGUAACUUGAGGUUAGCACUAGGAAUAAUCGAUGGCAAUUCCCAUUGCAUGAUAUGAAUUUUAGAGCUAUCAAUCUUUAGUUUCCCAAUCAACUGCUAAUUUAUUGUUCUGAGUGAAAGUAUCCUUAUCCUUCGUGUAUUGAAGAAGAUUAGAUUACUCUUCUUACCCUUUCUAAAGCACAGGUUUAACUCUCCAAAUAUUCCCAUUCGCACUCAAAAGGAUGAUGUAACAGGGGGCAGAUGACCUCAAACAUACACUGAAAGAUGAUUAAAACGAGAAAAUCUCGAUAUAUCUCACAACACGCGAAUCAGAAUCCCCCGGUAGCUGUUAGUGAAUUUGCUUAGAAAAUGGAGCCAUAACGUUCAAUGACAGCAUGUCCGCCAGGCUUCCACUAGCCUUUGUCGAGACUUUGACUAUUCAAUCUCUAGCUGGAAGCUGUUUCAUACUAUCAAUCAGGGAGCUGGCAUGGACCCAAAAUAAUCACAUUGGUUCAGUCUUACUGGACUUAGCUUGAGUUGCAAGCAUAGCUUCGCAGUCGCAGAGCCCCUAACCCCAAAACUUGAUGUGAAGGCAAGCCUAACCUAACAACACACAUCCUGGCAAAAUGGUAGAUCAGGUCCUGUUACUGUACUAGCAAAUAGCAUAUAGAAAAUUUUAAACCUCCUGGGACUAUUAUUGAAUACAGGGGAAGAAAGAACAUGAUAAUUUAACGAUUUAAUCUAUCCAGGCUUUAUCAUUUCCUUGAUUCCUUCAGGUUAAUCAAAGGUGAAGCAAAAACCCUAAAUAAAAUUUAAGAGGCAGUACAUAACAUGCUAAACGCAUUGUUAAUGUCUUAAUUAUACUAAUAUCUACAGCUCUUUUCUGUCCAACCACAAAGCUUAUCUACAGGGGGGGUUACUUGCACGACCAGAGGAAAGGAUAUUUCAAACUUCAAAGUUUCAGCAAAACUCCACUACGCAGUGGCAGCAAUACCUGCCAGAACAAAAGAAAUUUAUUGACAAAUAUAUAACAAGCCAAGCAGAAAGUAAGAGAGGUAAUGCCA